AUGGAGGACGAGGAGGGCUACACAGCAUUGAACCUGAGGCCCAAGCGGGGUGGCUUGACUGGCCUCUCCCCACCCGGGAACCAAGGUUCCCAUCAGUGUCCUGGCUGGCUUCAGGUCACUCUAGGGGCUGGGAAUCUCAUCCUGUCUCUGCUCUUGCUGGCGGUGUGUGUUUCCCUCUUGGUAUCUGAGAAGGGAAAGACCCCGGCAGCCCCUGAUUGCGACGGAGCCGGGAGCAGAGAUACAGCGACACCCCCUGGGAGCGACGGAGCUGGGAGAGGAGACCCCAGCACGGCAGAAUGCAGCGCCCGCCUGGAGCGUUUCCGAUCCCAGCUGUGUCACGCGGCCCCGACUGGCCCAGCAGGGGGCUCCGGGUGCAAACUCUGCCCCACGGACUGGCAGCUGCGUGGGGACAAGUGCUACUGGGUCUCCGGAGGAGGUAAAACGUGGAGCGAGAGCCGCGCCGACUGCUCAGCGAGGGGCUCCCAGCUGCUGGUGAUCCAGGACCCCAAGGAGCUGGAGUUCCUAAAGGACCUGACACAAGGUUCACAUCUGUUCUGGAUCGGACUGUCCGUCUCCUCCCCGGAGAAGGGCUGGACCUGGCUGGACGGCUCCCGGCUGAAUCAGACCCUGUUCCCGGUGUCAGGCCCGGCUGAGGGGCACAGCUGUGGGGUGGUGAAGGGGAAUCGGAUUGGUUCUGACACCUGCAGCUCUGGAUUUCAGUCGAUUUGCCAGAGAGACGCCGUCCCGCUCUGAACGGAGUAUGGAGGAGACCUCAGAGCGCGGCA